AUGGUCGGGUUUUUCUCAGGCGUAGCUGCCUUCCUGCUCCCUGCCACGGCAUACGGCCUUGCCUUUCCCACUCCGGACGAUCUUGGUCUCAGUCUUGAGCCUCGUCAGACCGUCUGCGAGAACUCGGCUUCUUCACGAAGCUGCUGGAGCAAUGGCUUCGACAUCAACACGGACUUUUACACCGUGACACCUGAUACUGGCGUGACCCGCGAGUAUUGGCUCUCCAUCGAGUCAGCCCCCUGUGCUCCAGAUGGUGUGAACCGUACCUGCAUGACAUUCAACGGCACGGUUCCUGGCCCUCUCAUCACGGCUGAUUGGGGUGACAACCUGAUUGUGCAUGUCACGAACAACCUUCCUGACAAUGGCACAACCAUCCACUGGCAUGGUAUUCGUCAACUCAACUCUUCCUUGAUGGAUGGUGUUCCUGGUGUCACUCAGUGCCCAAUUGCCCCUGGCGAUAGCAUGACAUACGACUUCCAGGUGACUCAGUAUGGUAGCACCUGGUACCACAGUCACUUUACGCUUCAGUACGCCGAGGGUCUCUUUGGGCCCAUGAUCAUCAAUGGCCCAGCUUCAUCUGACUACGACGAAGAUCUCGGUGUCCUAUUCCUGUCGGACUGGUCCCAUACUAAUGCCUUUACCUUGUGGGGACGAUCUCCUGGCACCCCAUUCACUCUCGACAACACUCUUCUCAACGGAACCAACACUUUCAACUCCUCUGAUGGAGUUGUGACCGGCUCCAAGUAUGAGAUGGUUGUCGAAGCUGGCAAGAAGUACCGUGUCCGUCUGCUCAACAACGCCAUUGACGGUGUCUUUGACUUCCACAUUGAUGGCCACACCUUUACCGUCAUCUCCACCGACCUGGUCCCAAUUGUGCCUUUUGAGACGGAUCACAUUCAAGUCCACAUUGGCCAGCGCUACGAUAUCAUUGUCGAGGCCAACGCUACUCCCGGUGACUACUGGAUUCGUGGCGGUUGGAAUGUGCAGUGUGCCAACAUUGGUAACAAUGGCGACGCCUCGGGCGACUCCACUGGUAUCCUCCGCUAUGACUCGACCAGCACCUCGGACCCCACGACCUCGGACACCAUUGGAGUCCAGGACACCUGCUAUGAUCAGAACUCUACUACUCUGGUCCCCGUUGUUGGCGUCGACGUGACUGAUGCAAACCUUGAGAUCGUGACCGAGGAUCUUGGCUUCAGCACCAGCAUCAAGGGCUAUCUCACCUGGACCCUGAACGACAGCACUCUGUACCUCGACUGGAACAACCCAACUCUGAAGCAGGUCCACGACGGCAACUCUUCCUACGCCGCCGAGCAAAACGUUGUCCAAGUCGGCCAAGGCUUCGAAGCCGACCAGUGGGUCGUCCUCGUCAUCGAUUCAUCGCAGACCAUUAUUGGAAUUAACCACCCCAUCCAUCUUCACGGUCACGACUUUUUCAUCCUGGCUCAGGAACCCAACUUGCAGUUUGACGGCACGACCUCGACCUUCAACACGGUCAACCCUCCCCGCCGUGACGUCGCGGUGCUGCCGGCCAAGGGCUACCUGGCCAUUGCCUUCCAGCUCGACAACCCCGGCGCCUGGAUCGUCCACUGCCACAUUGCCUGGCACGCCAGCGAGGGUCUCGCCAUGCAGUUUGUCGAGUCCCCCGGUAACAUUCUGACCAGCGGUGCCAUUGGCGUCUGGGACACUGCCACCGACAAUGGUGGUCAGACGUGCACCAACUGGAACGACUACAUUCCCGGCCAAGUCUGGGAGCAGGAUGACUCGGGCAUCUAA